CUGCCAUGACCAGCCCUGCCAUGACCAGCCCUGCCAUGACCAGCCCUGCCCCGGCCCCUAUCGCAAGGCAUCUAGUGGGAGCUCGUCGUGGCCCUGCUGCUUCCCCAUAUGACCCCUUGUUUGCAAGCCAUUGUCCUCCCCUUCUCCCCCUACAGUGUUUUAGCGUGCUGUGCAUAACUCUACAAGUUCCUGUCUGAUAAAAUCGGUUUUCUUCUUGCCCCUUUUCCCUUAGUUGCAGAACUAAAAAACUUUCCUUCUUCAGUUAUUCUUCACCUUUGUUCAUUCGUAUCGGGGUCUCAGUUCUGGUGUGGAGCACGGGGAGCCGUGUUUUUUUUUGUGUGUGUGUGUGUGUGUGUGUGUGUGUGUUUUUGUGUGGAUAUCUGAGCUGAUUGAGCGUGUACGUCUGUUCGUAUUUGUCGGUUUUUUUUUAGAUUUUUGUUACAUAGAAUGCAUUACUUCCAGAGCUUGGAUCGGAUCGCGUUUGGGCUGAGUUGAGUUGCGGAGUUGGAAAUCUGGGUCGUCGAGUUUUGGGCUUGGUUCUCGGUGCAGAGCUGGGGGUACUUAUGUGUGCAUACGCGAAGUGAUAAAUGAAAUGUGAGUUUGUAGCACACGGAAGAGCUGGCCUCGGUGGGACGAGAACAUUGCUGGAGUAUCAAUCAAUCAAUAGGUUGGGUUGAGUGAGAGUGAGGAUAUUUGAGCUCCAUAGAUCUGUUAAGAGAGUUUCGUGAGACGGGUCCCGAAGAUCAAUCGUAGGACGGAGCCAGCAAUUGUACAGACGACACACAGCAUGACAGGAAAGAGGCCCCGCGCAUUGCCACGCACCCCCAGUCUGUCGCAGUUAGGUUCUGGUAACUUCUCCCAGGAGUUUUCGCCUCUACCGGAAAAUCCUAAGGAAAAGCUCAAGCCCACUAUCAAGGAGCCACCUUCUUGCGCCCCGCGCGUGGUCAUUGGCUUUGAUCCGAAGCCGCUGUCUGCACAUGUUGCCUCUCCCAUUGAAUGUGGAGGCAUUUCUCCGAAGUCUGCCCCCUGCUCGCCGUGUUUCCAGGACAAGGCCUGCUCUCCACGUUCUGUACUUAAUAGUCUCUUCUCGCGCCAGCCGCGGUGUGUGAAGCCUAGCGAUGGAGUUGGUUUGGGCAUUGUACUCCACUCUCACAUCUCCAAUCCAGCUCCCGUUCUGGAUGAUAUAAAAAUUAGUGUAAUCGACGGGCCCAAUGAAACUGUUGAUCACAUUGCCAUUCCUGUCCGCGACGCCAUCAGUCCCCAGCGGCCUCGGGAUAUUUCAGACGUAUCAUCUCGACGCCAUAGCCAUCCCAUUCCAACCCCGAGGAUUAGCCCUUGCCGUUUCAGCCACAAGGCCGCCAACCACCCGCACCCUACAGACAAGCAAGUCACGAAAGGACCAAACCAUCAAGUGGCGCGGCCGGUUCUCGCAUGGAUGGAGUCGGAUGCUUUGAAGGUUGAUCGCCGGGACACAUUCCUUCUUGGAGCUUCGCCUGCGCGGGGUAGUCCCAUGGGGGGAGAGGACACAGGUGGAUUAGCUGCCACCACCACCCACUUUCUCGACAUGUGCUCGUUUUGCAAGAGACAUCUCCCCGAGGAUAAAGAUAUAUUCAUGUAUAGAGGAGACAAAGCUUUUUGCAGCGUCGAGUGUCGGUCUCAGCAGAUGAAUAUGGACGAGCGAAGCAAGAACUGCUCCUCCUCCGCUUUGAAACGAGGGUCGGUGGUGCCCUCUCGGCGUGCCGUUGCUCCAGCAUCCUCUGUUGCUGCAGCGUAGAAACACAAUUUUGGUUACUUGUCUGCCCAUGUCGGCGACAUCGUUCGAGCUUCUAUGGAUGUAUCGGAGCUGCGACGAAAACAUGUACAGUGGCUGAAUGGGCUUCAUUUGCGGAGGUUCCAUGUAUACAGUACCACGAUUGCUUGCUGGCUUGCUUGUGAGCGAGCAAAGCAGGGGCGGAGGGAGUAUAAGGGAGGGAGGGAGCAGACGGCUAAGACUACAUAAUCCAUUGUAGAGAUGCAGUCACCAUUUUAUUUGUUUUGUUAUAUUUGAGGAUGAUACACUAAAAAACAGAAAAAAUCGUGUAAAACGACACCAACCAACGAUGACGACGCUGUAGAUACAUAUGUACCGACGACUCCAUUUCUUCCUUCUGCCGCGGACGUCUUGCUGGAAAAGCAAUUUUGUACAGCAAUGACAUGCUCCUGGAGCAUUCGGAUCUUCUCCACGUACCGCUCGCAAUUUUUUUCGUUUUUGUGUGGAUCACUGGAAACAAAUGAGGACAUAUAUUUCUAUGUCCUUCGAGGUUUGUUGGCAACGGAGUGGAUUGAAACUGAUGAGAGGUAUUGUACUGGCUUGCCAUCCUUCCACUGUCAACUCGGCGGAGUGUGUGUACACCACUUGCCAAAUCAUGAACACGGUUGACAUGUAGUGAGAGAUUAACUGGCACAAGAUGAUGUUAUCUUAAGUCCCUCCAUUGGAAUCCCUGACCUGCACUGCUAGAUUUCUCAUUCUUCAUGGAGGUUACUCACACAUCUGGAUAUUAGAAGCUUGUAGGAUUAACGACUGAUGACAGACUUAAGUGCAAGCUUCGGUGACUUGGAAGCAACACGGACUGAUAUGGUAGGUCUUGGAAACAGGAACCUGUUUCUGGGGCUUUAUUUUUUCACUGGACUAUGUUUAUGAAUAAGGCCGACUUUCCAAUGUGAAAGUUUGUUCUCGCCACUUUUUUUU